AAGGAAAAACACUGCUUGAAAUAUUUAGAGAAAAUAAAAACAAGAUUCCAUAUUGCAGAAGUUAUGAAACUAUGAUAAGAAUUUAUAAUGAUUUACAACAAGAAAAUGAAAAAGAAAAAGAAGGAUUUUG